AUGGACAGCCUUGAAGCCGAGGGGGAGGCGUUUCAGCGAAGCUCACUUUCCCGCGGCGGGCGCAGCGGGCGGUCACGUGGUCGGUCUGGGGGUCACGUGGUGGGGCCGGGCCCCGCCCCCCAGGCGGCGGCGCCCAAUCAGAGGACGGCGCUCAUCGGCCUCCAGAUUCAAACCUCCCAGCAGCAGCAGCGGAUCGUUGGUCCCGGGCCGUACCGGGCCACCAGGCUGUGGAACGAGAUGAUCGAGCAGUUCCGGGCCGGCGUGCCCGUGGGGAGGCACCGGUGCCGCCUAAGGAGCUAUGAGCGCUGCUUCGUGGCCCGCGCCGCCGUGGACUGGCUGCUGGCCCUGCUCCAGGGCAGCCACAACUUCGGUCCCGAGGUGACCCGCAGGCAGACGAUCCAGCUGCUUGGAAAGUUCCUGAAAAACCACGUCAUCGAAGACAUCCAGGGCCGGUGGGGGACAGAGGACUUCAAGGACAAUCGGCAGCUAUACAGGUUUCCCCCUUCGUCCCCGCUGAAGCCCUAUCCCAGGAGGCCGCCGUUCCAAGGGGACCCCGUGAAGUUCCCGUCCUGGAGCGACCCCCCGCCCGCCACAUCCCAGGACAACAUCCCCGUGCGGCCUCUUCUUCUGAACUCGGAAGCGUGGUUCAAGCGGCACAGCAUAGCCAUCGGGGAGAUCCCGGCCUGCCGCCUGGUGCAGCGCCGGCAGCUGACGGAAGCCAACGUCGAGGACAUCUGGAAGGCUAUGACCCUGGCCCAUUUACAGAAAGUCCUGGGGCUGGACUCCCUGGAGGCCGUUUUGGACGCCAAGCUGGUCAAGUCAAAGAACAUCGUCCACAACGUGUACCGUGUCAGCCGGCAGGGCCUGGUGCUCCUGGAGGACAAAUCACAGGAGCUUCCACACUGGGUACUCUCAGCGAUGAAGUGUUUAGCAAAUUGGCCCGGCAGCUCCGACACCAAGCAGCCCUCGUACCCGGGGUUCGAGAAGGACGUCUUCAGGACGAUCGCCGACUACUAUGGCCGCCUGAAGGAGCCACUGCUCACGUUCCAGCUCUUUGACGCCUUCGUCAGCGUGCUUGGUUUGUUCCAGAAAGAAGCGGCGGCUGUGGAGGGCCUGCAGACGUGCUGCCUCCUGCUGCCCCCCGAGAACCGGCGGAAGCUGCAGCUGCUGACGCGCCUCAUGGCCAGGAUCCACGACAACCGCCGGCUGCCGCCGCUCUGCGAGCACUCCGGGACUCGGGCCCUGAUGGUCCAGACCUUCUCGCGCCCCAUCCUGCGCUCCGGAGCCGAGGCAGAACUGGACGAGCUGCUGUCGGCACAGCUGGUGACGUUUCUCCUGGACCAUCACCAGGAGAUCUUGACGGUGCCCCCCGCCCUGCAGGCGGCUGUAGAAGAGCGCCUGGCUCACCUGCGCAGGGUCCAGAUUAAAUACCCGGGAGCCGACCCUGACACCACCUUGCCCGGCCCAUCGUUUUGCCGCCAAAUCAGUCCCGAGGAAUUUGAAUACCAGAAGGAAUUUGGGGCUCAGGAGCCAAUAGCGGCCUUGUUGGAGGGGACACUAGCCGAUCCCAAACUAUCGGUCAAAGAGAAAAGGAAAAAACUGAAGCAGUUCCAGAAAUCGCACCCUGCGGCGUUCCAGGAGCGGUUUCCGACGCCAGAGAGCCAAGCGGCGGCGCUGUUGGUGGAGCGGCCCAGGACGCCGCUGCUGGUGCGGGCACUGACCAGGCCCUUCCAGGCCUUUCACAGGACCAGGAGCUUCCGGGUGUGACGGCGGGGGCCACCGGACAGGCAGACGUGGGGGUCCGCCGGCCUGCUCCCUGGACACUGGUCGGCCAGUGGGCAGCCAUCGUUUCGGGGUUUUACCUCCUCAGGUGGGCUUUUACAUGAACAAAUGUGAAAUGGAGACAUGAGUUACUUUUUUAAAUGUGGAUUGGCGGGGACCGGCUGCCUCUUUGUCCCCUGGGGGCUGUCCACCGGUACUGUCUACUGGCACCAUCCACCUCAGGCCAUUCGCUGCUGGUCGCU